AUUAUCAAAUUAUCAGAUCUCUAGGUCUAGCCAUGUUGCCGUCCAACAGAGGUGAUGACACAGUCAUUUGUCCCUAUGAUUCUGCGCAUGUUAUACAGAAAAAAAGUCUACAGAAUCAUCUCAUUAAGUGCAGAGAGAAUCAUAAAGGUUCCAGAAAAGUUACCUGUAAAUUUAACAAGACCCACAUCAUCCCUGAACCAGAAUUAUAUUAUCAUUUGCAACAUUGUGAUAGCCGCUCAGUAUUUGAUCGUGAGAUGCAAUACCAAGCAAGUCAAAACCAGACAUUUACUGGAGCUGUUAAUGGUCCUGGUAUUACCAAUCAUAUUGAGGAGCUGGAAGAAGACUGGGAAGCAGCCCCACGUGUUCAAACCAAGGCACUGUUUAACAAGAAUAGUCAUGAUGUCCCUGAGGAAGUAACCAAACCAUAUGUUCCUCCUGGAGCUAAUUAUGCCAACAGAAAACAGAGCCAACCUCAUGAAGUCUUUGAUUACUCUGCUAAUAGUAGGACGAAACACAGAGGAGCAGAGCCAAGUGUUGAGCUGCUGAGAGGCUCAGGACGUGGAGUUUUAAGUCACACUCAACCUAAAUUUAGUUUAUUGGGACGUGGCAUCAGUCGUUCUGAUGACCAGGAGGUGACCACACCUGGUCUUCAGGGAAUAACUUCUGCCAGUGCCGAUGUGAACAAUGGACUUGGACACUCUGCAUAUCCAGCUCCACCUCCAGGAUUUUCUUUGACAUCAAAGGCAACAGCUAAUAUACUAGCACCAGCCAUCUUGACUUCAGAACAUUCUGAAUCAUCAUUAGCCAAAACAUCUCUUGGCUUUGCUGAAUCAUCAUUAGCCAAAACAUCUCUUGGCUUUGCUGAAUCAUCAUUAACCAAUAUUUCUCCAACAUUAGUUGUAGGGUCUGUAGCCAAUGACUUUGCAUCAGUGAACACUGCUGGACAUAAUGCAUCAGCAACAAAUCAUCAGAAUUCAAAAUCAGAACAAUUUCGACAAAAACGAGAAAGAGAGCUAAGAAAACUUACUGAUAGACAAACUGCUGAAAGAAAUCUUUUAGAGACAAGACAUAGAGAAGAAAUUGAACAACUUCUAAUACGUUUAGGGCUUGAGGAGAAAUUAGCCAUGAUGUGAGAAACAUUUCUUGUUAGGUCCAGAUCCAUCUUCAAUCGACUGGUGUAUAUAGUCAUCAAACAAAUUUUAUACAAAGACAUAUUGUCAAACUUGCCAAGUCAUACAUGAUGUUGUUAGGACUUAAAUCUUUUGUUCUAGAAAUAGUCUCUUGUAAGCUGUAAGAAAUGGAUGAAUUGUGAAUUGAAUGUUUAGCUAAAAUUAGCCUAUACUUGUGAUGUGUUUAGGAUGAACCAGCCUCUGCUUGUGAUGUGUUUAGGAAGAAUUAGCCUCUGCUUGUGAUGUGUUUAGGAAGAAUUAGCCUGUGUGUGUGAUGUGUUUAGGAUGAAUUAGCCUCUGCUUGUGAUUAGGAAGAAUUAGCCUGUGUGUGUGUGAUGUGUUUAGGAAGAAUUAGCCUGUGUGUGUGAUGUGUUUAGGAUGAAUUAGCCUCUGCUUGUGAUGUGUUUAGGAAGAAUUAGCUUCUACUUGUGGUGUGUUUAGGAUGAAUUAUUCUCUGCUUGUGAUGUGUUUAGGAAGAAUUAGCCUCUGCUUGUGAUGUUGGACACAGUGGACUGUCUCCCAGUGAAACCAAAGGAAGAGAGCAUUUACACUUGCUCAGUUUUUAGAUGGUAAUAAAUAUGUUAAGGAAAAAUGUACUUUUAGAAAUACCCCGGUAAUAAGCUUUAAUCAUUUUUUUUUAAACCAAAGCAAGGCAGAAUGGUGAUAUUCCAGAAGAAAGUCUCAUCACAAAUGAAAGUAGGGUUUUAAAAAACUAAGAUUCCAAUUUGAACCUUCACAUUGAUUUUUUUUUUUUAAUAGAUAUUUUAGCUAUUUUUAUGCCUCCAUCUGGGCUGUUGUGCAUAAGGUUUUAUAGUUCUAGUGUUUUUAAUGUCAUUUUAUUUUUUUAGGGGUAACAGGUGCAGGCAAAGUUUUUUAAUGAAUACCGGUACUUGAAGUUUUGUUUCUGCUGAAGAUAUGUAUGAAAUGCAUAAUGAAACUUGCAAUUUUUUGUUUGGUCUUUAUUUCCAACUGUCCACAUUGUUUUGGCUUCUUGUUACAAAUAUCAAAGCUUUCACUUGUCUUAAGUGUCUACAUAGUUUUGAGAGCUGUGACAGUGUAGAAAGAACUGUGAUACUGUUUGUAUGACAAUGCAAUAGUUACGGUGCUAAUAGAGCUGUGACAAUGUAUGCUCAUUGAAUUGUUUGUGUAAACCUACAACAGGUUUGUCUGUUUUAUAACAAGAAGUAUCACUUAGGUGUCUUAGUUUCAAAAUAUCUUUGACCAAAUUGUGUGUUUAUAGAAAGUCAUUCAACAUAGCAGGCUUUAUUUUGUCAGAUAGUAAGGUAUUAGUUUAUUGUUAGCAUUGAUGAGUCACAUUUAGCAAGCUGAUUAUGAUUGGAUAGUAAUAACUUAAUUGACUCUUCAAGAUGUCCAGUGGAUUGGAUGGCCAAUAGGGAAAUAAAUCCAUCCAAAUUUUAGUAGCCUGAGUUUGUUCUGUUGGAGCUAAUACUUAGUGUGAGAUUUUGUGUUUUAUUUGUAUUGACUACAUAAUUUAUUGGAUACAUGGUUUUAUUAAAAGUUAUUAGCUUAAAUUUUUA